AUGCUGAUGCCAGCUUAUUUCCUACUGCUUCUGCUGCUGCUCCUUGGGGGUCCGCCAACUAGCCUUUCCCAUCAGUUCUACAAAGCUGGACCCAUCUUCAGUUGCCUCAAUAUGGCCUUAUCUGAGGUCAAGAACAACAGGCUGGAGGAUGUGCCCUUCCUGAGCAAGAGGAACUUCCACUACCUGCCCAGUCAAGACCCAUCUUCUGGAGAGGGAAAGGAGGAGGAAGAAAAGCAAGACAAGAACAAAAGGACUUUCUCUGGGUCUGGGGGUGGGAGUGGGUCUGGAAGCAUGAAAUACAAAUACUCCUCCCAAACAGAACCCAAGGGCAAGCUGUACCCAGACAAGACCAAAAGUGACCGGCGAACCAAGUUCACUCUGUCCCUUGACGUUCCCACCAACAUCAUGAACAUCCUCUUCAACAUCGCAAAGGCCAAGAAUUUGAGAGCCAAGGCAGCUGCCAACGCUCACCUGAUGGCGCAGAUUGGGCGAAAGAAAUAGCAACAGAGGUCUGAUGGGAGGGCAGCACAGCAAGACAGAAGUUCAGAGUAGGGGGUGAG